UUCCGUCAUCUCCAUCGUCCGUCAAGUGACAAUCCUCGUGAACAAUUGUCCACCCGGUUACAUCGUCUAGCUGUUAUUGAAAAUGUCGGGAAAGUCUAAAGCAUUUACCAAAGAGGAGGAGCUACUGUUACAAGACUUCUCCAGGAAUGUGUCGACAAAAUCCUCGGCGUUGUUCUAUGGCAAUGCUUUCAUCGUAUCGGCGAUACCCAUUUGGUUGUUUUGGAGAAUACAUUUGAUCGAUUUAUACUCUAACCUGAUCUCUUUUGUAUUGGUUACAUUGGCGAGUACAUACGCCCUUGCCCUAGCAUAUAAAAAUACAAAAUUCAUUCUUAAACACAAGAUUGCAGUAAAAAGGGAAGAUGCUGUAACUAAAGAAAUAAGCCGUAAACUCGCAGAAGACAAGAAGAUGAGCAAAAAAGAAAAGGACGAAAGGAUCUUAUGGAAGAAGAAUGAAGUGGCAGAUUAUGAAGCAACAACAUUCUCAAUUUUCUACAAUAAUGCCCUUUUCCUGGCAUUCGUCAUCGUAUCUUCGUUUUACAUUUUAAAAACAUUCACACCUGCAGUAAACUAUAUACUUUCUGUAGGCGUUACUAGCGCAUUCCUAGCAUUAUUUUCAACAGGAUCUCAAUAAUAUAUGCUAUGAACCCAUGUAUUCUGCUAAUUUCAUAAGAAACCUCCAUCAGUUCGAUUUACCUUUUGAUAU